AAGCGGUCCGCUGCUUAACCAGUCCUUGGUUCGAGCAAGGCCGCAAAGCAGCAGGCGACAAGCGAGGUGCGUUUUCCCGGGCGUAGAGACCGCGCGGAAAAGGUCAUAAGCAAGUUAAGAAAUUGUUAGAACAUCUCAGAAGUGAUUAAGUUAUAUUCGUGGUAUUGGAGACAUCUGCUGUUAGGCAAAGGCAUUUAUGAAACAAUGGAUGAUACAAAAACUUCACUUAAUUUUAAAGAGUACCCCGAUGCUGAGGUACAGAAAAACCAAGUACUAACUCUGGAAGAAUGGCAAGAAAAGUGGGUGGACCGCAAAAUUGCAUUUCAUCAAGAACAAGGACACCAGCUAUUAAAGAAGCAUUUGGAUAAUUUCCUUAAAGGCGAGAGUGGACUGAGAGUAUUUUUCCCUCUUUGUGGAAAAGCAGUUGAGAUGAAAUGGUUUGCAGAUCGAGGUCACAGCGUAGUUGGAGUGGAAAUCAGUGAACUUGGGAUCUGGGAAUUUUUUACGGAGCAGAACCUUUCUUACACAGAAGAGCCAAUCGUGGCAAUUCCUGGAGCCAAAGUAUUCAAGAGUUCUUCGGGGAACAUCUCACUAUACUGCUGCAACCUUUUUGAUCUUCCCAGAGCAAAUAUUGGCAAAUUUGACAGGAUUUGGGAUAGAGGAUCCUUAGUUGCUAUUAACCCAGGGGAUCGUAAACGUUAUGCAGAUAUAAUGCUGUCCCUAAUGAGAAAAGGGUUUCAGUACCUCUUGAGCGUUGUUUCUUAUGAUCCAACUAAACAUGCAGGCCCACCAUUUUAUGUUUCAGAUGCUGAAAUUAAAAGAUUGUUUGGUGCGGUGUGCAGCAGUCGGUGCCUUGAGCAGGUGGACGUGCUUGAGGAGCGACACAGAAGUUGGGGGAUUGACUCCCUUGUUGAGAAUUUGUAUCUACUUACAGAAAAGUAAAUGAGACACAAGUAAAAGCGAGUAACAUUGAGUUUUUGAGCUUUUGAGCAAAUGAAAAUUAGGCUAAGGCAUGAAAAUGUAAUGGAUGACCUUUGAAAAAAAAUUGUUUGCAUAGCAUGUCACAGAAAUGUAUGUAACUUUCUAGGGGAAAAAACAUACUGAAGUGUUAAAGUCGCUACCUUUAGAAAGGAGAGUGUGAUUGCAGUGAUAGAUUAUACCUGUGUGUUUUACUUACAAAUUGCAAUAAUUUUUUACAAUCAGCAUGUAUUACUUCUGUAAUUAAAAAAUAAAGGAGAGCCCCAACCA